CAGGACUGAGGCGGUCGCUGGGGCCGCGCCUCCGCCGAUUCAGGUGCUGUGUUUACAUUUGGGAAAACCAAAUUUGCUGAAAAUAUGCCUAGCAAAUUCUGGUUUAAGAAUGACAUACCUAUGUAUCUUUCAUGUGGAGAUGAACAUACUGCUGUUGUUACAGGAAAUAAUAAACUUUACAUGUUUGGCAGCAACAACUGGGGUCAGUUAGGAUUAGGAUCAAAAUCAACUGUCAACAAGCCAACGUGUGUCAAAGCUCUUAAACCUGAAAAAGUGCAAUUUGCUGCCUGUGGAAGGAACCACACCCUAGUUUUAACAGUACAAGGCAAUGUAUAUGCAGCUGGAGGAAAUAAUGAAGGGCAAUUGGGACUUGGUGACACUGAAGAGAGAAACACUUUUCAUCGUAUUAGCUUUUUUACAUCCCAGCAUAACAUUAAACAGCUGUCUGCUGGAUCUAAUACUUCAGCUGCACUAUCUGCGGAUGGAAGACUUUUCAUGUGGGGUGACAAUUCUGAAGGACAAAUUGGUUUAAAUAAUAUAAUUAAUGUAUGUGUCCCUCAUCAAGUGAACAUUGGGAAACCAAUCUCUUGGAUCGCAUGUGGAUAUUACCACUCGGCUUUUGUAACAAUGGAUGGUGAGCUCUACACAUUUGGAGAACCUGAGAGUGGGAAAUUAGGUCUUCCUAAAGAGCUGCUGAUCAAUCAUAGAACACCUCAGCUGGUGGCUGGAAUUCCUGAGAAAGUGAUCCAAGUAGCUUGUGGUGGAGGGCACACUGUCGUUCUCACAGAGAAAGCUGUGUAUGCUUUUGGGCUGGGACAGUUUGGUCAGCUAGGCCUUGGCACUUUUCUUUUUGCAACAUCAGAACCUAAAGUCAUUGAACAAAUUAAGGAUCAGAAAAUAACUUAUAUUUCCUGUGGAGAAAAUCACACAGCUUUGAUAACAGAUAUAGGCUUUAUGUAUACUUUUGGAGAUGGCCGGCAUGGAAAAUUAGGACUUGGACUAGAGAAUUUUACCAAUCAAUUCUUUCCCAUUGUGUGCUGUGAAUUCUUGAGAUUUACAGUUCAAUUGGUUGCUUGUGGUGGAUGUCAAACACUAGUUUUUGCCUCUCCACGCAUUGAUGAGGUGGGAGAAAGUGACUUCAGUGAAACAAAUGAUUUUUGCCUACCUGCAGUUACUUUGCUGCCCUCUGACAAUCUGACCUCAGGAAAUGUACUGCAUAGAACUUUGGCAGCACGUUUGCGCCGAAGAGAGCGGGAGAGAUCCCCAGAUCCUAUGCAAAUGAUGCGAACCCUACCUGCAUUAGAGGGGACUGCCACAGUACCUGCUUCUUUUUCCCCUGCUUUAGUCCCUUUCAGUUUGUCUGUGAGUAACCUCUCAAAGAAAAGCACUUUUGACCCCAUGGAACCACUUGAGCCAGACAUUUUUCAAGAUAAAUUGACAAAAGACAGAGAGACAGAAAAUAUUUCAUCAGCAGAUUCAGAAAGCUUGGGAGAAACUACUGAUGUCUUAAAUAUGACACACAUGGUGAGCCUGAACUCCAAUGACAAGUCAUUACAAUUUUUGCCAAUUCAAAAACAAAAGAAUCAAGACACAGUUGAGAAACUGAUGCAGCAUACAGCUUGUACUGAAAGUGAUGAUAGUAAUGAAUAUGAAAAUGAAGAAAUGUCAAAAAUGGAAAAAGAGAAAGCAUAUAAACAGGUAGCAAAAGGGAUCUUCAUGAUGCAAGCUGCUGAAACUUUGGAAGCAUUUUCAGAUGAGGACUUAGGUAAUGGCUCAGAUAAGGUGGGGCCUCAGAUCCACACCAAUGAAAAGUAUUUGCAAAAAGUGAUACUUAGUCAUGAAAAUAAAAGUGGUGUUGAUCAACUUGAUGCUAAAGAAAUAAAGAAAAAUGAUGCAGAAGAAAUAAUCUCUGAUAUAAAAACUGAGCUGAUGGAAGUGGCAGAUCUGAAUGAUAUAAGAAAAGGGGAAAAGAAUCUAAAAUGUGUAAAAUAUACAUUAUUUGAUGAUUUAUCAGAUAAAGACGUGAAUUCUGAGAGUGAAGAAAAUGAGUUUUUCGUUGAGGAAAGGAAAAGUUGGAAGGAAGAUGUUAUCUUUGACAGUGAAAGAGAAUUGAUAGAAGAGACAGAAAGUGACAUGAAACCUGAAAGCCACACUCAGCAGAGUAAAGGUGACAGUUUCCAGCAGCCCAAGUCAAUAGAAUUUAGUAGUGACGAUGGUGAUGAAGUGGAAAUUGACCACGACCUGUGGCUCAAAAGACAACUGAACAAACAAGAAUUUAAUGCUAAUCUCAGAGUAUCCAGUUUUCUGGCCCAAUGUACUUUUAAGUAUAACAGCUUGCCAGUAAUACCAGAGGAACAGGAAGAAACAGAGGAUUUAGAAGAAAUUUCAGUAAAGGAGCAAGUGUUAGAGGCACAUAAGAGAAAUGUGGAGGUUCAAGGAGGAAGAAAGGAGGAAGCAGAGACCCUGUCAGAUGACUAUACAGACAGAGCAGAGGAUCAAGAAUUUUCAGAAUCUGACGAUACAGAACCAGAAGACAUGGAUAAGGAAAUUGAUGCCAAAAAUCAAAACGAUGAGAUGAAAACUGUGACUGAUGAUGGAAAAGAAGGGUCAGAAAGUAUCAGUGAUGGCUCAGCUAAAUUUGACAAACAGGAUCGAGAAUUUUCAGAAACUGAAGACACAGAACCAGAAGACAUGGAUGAGGAAAUUGAUGCCAAAAAUCAGGAAGAUGAGAUGAAAACUAUGACUGAUGAUGAAAAAGAAGGGUCAGAAAGUAUCAAUGAUGACUCAGCUAUAGUUGACAAAGAGGAAGAAAAAGCCAAACCAGAAGAAUGGGCUCUUUAUGAAUACAAUGAAAAUCCAAAAGGAAGCAUGUAUGAUUGUGCAAAGAACAGUUCUUCAGAGGCUGUGGGAGUUAAUGAAUUAAUACCAAGUAAAGACGUAAAAAUACCCAAAAAAAAUUUCCUCUUGAAACGGAUGUCACUGACUGGUCAGAAAAUUACACAGGAUAGUAUGGAGCCACUUUCAGAGAUAAAACCAGUAGGAGAUCUUAUUGCUUUAAAAAGCAAUAAGAAAGAUGCCACCCCUAACAACACAGGGAAAAACUUUCAUGAUACUUCACCACCCAAUAUGGAGAGAAAGUCAAAAUCCUGCAUAAUACUAUAAAUACAUGUUUUCAUGACUUACUGAGCACAUUCAUAACUUAUACUUGAAAAAUGUUUUGACUUCUGAAGAAAUACUUCUGAUAACAGACUUAAAGAUACAAGUUAAUAUUUUUUGGUUUGAACAGUAUGACCAGUUUUGAUAUUUAUUUAUGCUAAUAUUUUUGACAAACAGUUUUAAAAUAUGUGUAUCUCAAA